AUGCAGUGUGGUAAGGACAAUCUAAAGAAACGCGAUGCGUUGACGGAAGAAUACAGAAAGGUCAGCUACGAAAUUCAAAAUGAGAAGAAGUUUGACCAUCCAGAUUUCACCGUUGUUGUGCAAGGAUUCAUGGAUGACAUAAUGGACGCCUUCCGAAAUAAAGAAGGCAAAUACGACAAAUCAUUCUAUGCUGCUGACAUGUUCCACUUGAGUAAAUACGGUAAUGCUGUGCUGGGCAAAUUUCUCUGGAACACUAUGCUUGAGCCCGUUGGCAAGAAAACAACGAAAGCGGAUUUGGGCGACGACUCAGCCCCUUUAAAAUGUCCCACGAAGGUUCGUGCCCUUUGA